AUGCGCGGAGACGGCUGCGCAGAAGCGGCUGCGCGGAAGCGGCUGCGCGGAAACGGCUGCGCGGAAACGGCUGCGCGGAAACGGCUGCGCGGGAACGGCUGCGCGGGAACGGCUGCGCGGGAACAGGUGCGCGGGAACAGGUGCGCGGGAACAGGUGCGCGGGAACAGCUGCGCAGGAACAGCUGCGCAGGAACAGGUGCGCAGGAACAGGUGCGCAGGAACAGGUGCGCAGGUACAGGUGCGCAGGAACAGGUUCGCAGGAACAGGUGCGCAGGAACAGCUGCGCAGGAACAGCUGCGCAGGAACAGGUGCGCAGGAACAGCUGCGCAGGAACAGCUGCGCAGGAACAGCUGCGCAGGAACAGCUGCGCAGAAACAGCUGCGCAGAAACAGCUGCGCAGAAACAGCCGCGCAGAAACAGCCUCGCAGAAACAGCCUCGCAGAAACAGCCGCGCAGAAUCAGCCGCGCAGAAACAGCCGCGCAGGAACAGCCGCGCAGGAACAGCCGCGCAGGAACAGCUGCACAGGAACAGCUGCGCAGGAACAGCUGCGCAGGAACAGCUGCGCAGGAACAGCUGCGCAGGAACAGCUGCGCAGGAACAGCUGCGCAGAAACAGCGGCGCAGAAACAGCGGAUCUCUAGACCACGCGCGCGUACGGAGUUCGUCACCCAUGCUGUUGCAGUGCAGUCUCAUCAGAAAAUCAGAAACAGCUGCGCAGAAGCGGCUGCGCAGGAACAGCUGCGCAGAAGCGGCUGCGCAGAAGCGGCUGCGCAGAAGCGGCUGCGCAGAAGCGGCUGCGCAGAAGCGGCUGCGCAGAAACGGCUGCGCAGAAGCGGCUGCGCAGAAGCGGCUGCGCAGAAGCGGCUGCGCACAAGCGGCUGCGCACAAGCGGCUGCGCACAAGCGGCUGCGCAGAAGCGGCUGCGCAGAAGCGGCUGCGCAGAAGCGGCUGCGCAGAAGCGGCUGCGCAGAAGCGGCUGCGCAGAAGCGGCUGCGCAGAAGCGGCUGCGCAGAAGCGGCUGCGCAGAAGCGGCUGCGCAGAAGCGCCUGCGCAGAAGCGGCUGCGCAGAAGCGGCUGCGCAGAAGCGGCUGCGCAGAAACGGCUGCGCAGAAACGGCUGCGCAGAAACGGCUGCGCAGAAACGGCUGCGCAGAAACGGCUGCGCAGCAGCGGCUGCGCAGAAGCGGCUGCGCAGAAGCGGCUGCGCAGAAGCGGCUGCGCAGAAGCGGCUGCGCAGAAGCGGCUGCGCAGAAACAGCUGCGCAGAUGCAGCUGCGCAGAAACAGCUGCGCAGAAACAGCUGCGCAGAAACAGCUGCGCAGAAACAGCUGCGCAGAAGCGGCUGCGCAGAAGCGGCUGCGCAGAAGCGGCUGCGCAGAAGCGGCUGCGCAGAAGCGGCUGCGCAGAUGCAGCUGCGCAGAAACAGCUGCGCAGAAACAGCUGCGCAGAAACAGCUGCGCAGAAACAACUGCGCAGAAGCGGCUGCGCAGAAGCGGCUGCGCAGAAGCGGCUGCGCAGAAGCGGCUGCGCAGAAGCGGCUGCGCGGAAGCGGCUGCGCGGAAGCGGCUGCGCGGAAGCGGCUGCGCGGAAACGGCUGCGCGGAAACGGCUGCGCGGAAACGGCUGCGCGGAAGCGGCUGCGCGGAAGCGGCUGCGCGGAAGCGGCUGCGCGGAAGCGGCUGCGCGGAAGCGGCUGCGCAGAAGCGGCUGCGCAGAAGCGGCUGCGCAGAAGCGGCUGCGCAGAAGCGGCUGCGCAGAAGCGGCUGCGCAGAAACGGCUGCGCAGAAACGGCUGCGCAGAAACGGCUGCGCAGAAACGGCUGCGCAGAAACGGCUGCGCAGAAACGGCUGCGCAGAAACGGCUGCGCAGAAGCGGCUGCGCAGAAGCAGCUGCGCAGAAGCAGCUGCGCAGAAGCAGCUGCGCAGAAGCAGCUGCGCAGAAGCAGCUGCGCAGAAGCAGCUGCACAGAAGCAGCUGCGCAGAAACAGCUGCGCAGAAACAGCUGCGCAGAAACAGCUGCGCAGGAACAGCUGCGCAGGAACAGCUGCGCAGGAACAGCUGCGCAGGAACAGCUGCGCAGGAACAGCUGCGCAGGAACAGCUGCGCAGGAACAGCUGCGCAGGAACAGCUGCGCAGGAACAGCUGCGCAGAAACAGCUGCGCUGGAACAGCUGCGCAGGAACAGCUGCGCAGGAACAGCUGCGCAGGAACAGCUGCGCAGAAACAGCUGCGCAGAAACAGCUGCGCAGGAACAGCUGCGCAGGAACAGCUGCGCAGGAACAGCUGCGCAGAAACUGCUGCGCAGAAACUGCUGCGCAGAAACUGCUGCGCAGAAACAGCUGCGCAGGAACAGCUGCGCAGGAACAGCUGCGCAGGAACAGCUGCGCAGGAACAGCUGCGCAGAAACAACUGCGCAGAAACAGCUGCGCAGGAACAGCUGCGCAGAAACAGCUGCGCAGAAACAGCUGCGCAGAAACAGCUUCGCAGAAACAGCUGCGCAGAAACAGCUGCGCAGAAACAACUGCGCAGAAACAGCUGCGCAGGAACAGCUGCGCAGAAACAGCUGCGCAGAAACAGCUGCGCAGAAACAGCUGCGCAGGAACAGCUGCGCAGGAACAGCUGCGCAGAAACAGCUGCGCAGGAACAGCUGCGCAGAAACAGCUGCGCAGAAACAGCUGCGCAGAAACAGCUGCGCAGAAACAGCUGCGCAGAAACAGCUGCGCAGAAACAGCUGCGCAGAAACAGCUGCGCAGAAACAGCUGCGCAGGAACAGCUGCGCAGAAACAGCUGCGCAGGAACAGCUGCGCAGGAACGGCUGCGCAGAAACGGCUGCGCAGAAACGGCUGCGCAGAAACGGCAGCGCAGAAACGGCUGCGCAGAAACGGCUGCGCAGAAACGGCUGCGCAGAAGCAGCUGCGCAGAAGCAGCUGCGCAGAAGCAGCUGCGCAGAAGCAGCUGCGCAGAAGCAGCUGCGCAGAAGCAGCUGCGCGGAAGCAGCUGCGCGGAAGCAGCUGCGCGGAAGCAGCUGCGCAGAAGCAGCUGCGCAGAAGCAGCUGCGCAGAAACAGCUGCGCAGAAACAGCUGCGCAGAAACAGCUGCGCAGGAACAGCUGCGCAGGAACAGCUGCGCAGGAACAGCUGCGCAGGAACAGCUGCGCAGGAACAGCUGCGCAGGAACAGCUGCGCAGGAACAGCUGCGCAGGAACAGCUGCGCAGGAACAGCUGCGCAGGAACAGCUGCGCAGGAACAGCUGCGCAGGAACAGCUGCGCAGGAACAGCUGCGCAGAAACUGCUGCGCAGAAACAGCUGCGCAGAAACAGCUGCGCAGGAACAGCUGCGCAGGAACAGCUGCGCAGGAACAGCUGCGCAGGAACAGCUGCGCAGAAACAGCUGCGCAGGAACAGCUGCGCAGAAACAGCUGCGCAGGAACAGCUGCGCAGAAACAGCUGCGCAGGAACAGCUGCGCAGAAACAACUGCGCAGAAACAACUGCGCAGAAACAGCUGCGCAGGAACAGCUGCGCAGAAACAGCUGCGCAGAAACAGCUGCGCAGAAACAGCUUCGCAGAAAUAGCUGCGCAGAAACAGCUGCGCAGGAACAGCUGCGCAGGAACAGCUGCGCAGAAACAGCUGCGCAGAAACAGCUGCGCAGGAACAGCUGCGCAGGAACAGCUGCGCAGAAACAGCUGCGCAGGAACAGCUGCGCAGAAACAGCUGCGCAGAAACAGCUGCGCAGAAACAGCUGCGCAGAAACAGCUGCGCAGAAACAGCUGCGCAGAAACAGCUGCGCAGAAACAGCUGCGCAGAAACAGCUGCGCAGGAACAGCUGCGCAGAAACAGCUGCGCAGGAACAGCUGCGCAGGAACAGCUGCGCAGGAACAGCUGCGCAGGAACAGGUGCGCAGGAACAGGUGCGCAGGAACAGGUGCGGAGGAACAGGUGCGCAGGAACAGCUGCGCAGGAACAGAAACUGCUGCGCAGAAACAGCUGCGCAGGAACAGCUGCGCAGGAACAGCUGCGCAGAAACUGCUGCGCAGAAACUGCUGCGCAGAAACUGCUGCGCAGAAACUGCUGCGCAGAAACUGCUGCGCAGAAACAGCUGCGCAGGAACAGCUGCGCAGGAACAGCUGCGCAGGAACAGCUGCGCAGGAACAGCUGCGCAGCAACAGCUGCGCAGAAACAGCUGCGCAGGAACAGCUGCGCAGGAACAGCUGCGCAGGAACAGCUGCGCAGGAACAGCUGCGCAGAAACUGCUGCGCAGAAACUGCUGCGCAGAAACUGCUGCGCAGAAACAGCUGCGCAGGAACAGCUGCGCAGGAACAGCUGCGCAGGAACAGCUGCGCAGGAACAGCUGCGCAGGAACAGCUGCGCAGGAACAGCUGCGCAGGAACAGCUGCGCAGAAACAGCUGCGCAGAAACAGCUGCGCAGGAACAGCUGCGCAGAAACAGCUGCGCAGGAACGGCUGCGCAGGAACGGCUGCGCAGAAACGGCUGCGCAGAAACGGCUGCGCAGAAACGGCAGCGCAGAAACGGCUGCGCAGAAACGGCUGCGCAGAAACGGCUGCGCAGAAGCAGCUGCGCAGAAGCAGCUGCGCAGAAGCAGCUGCGCAGAAGCAGCUGCUAGAAGCAGCUGCGCAGAAGCAGCUGCGCAGAAGCAGCUGCGCAGAAGCAGCUGCGCAGAAGCAGCUGCGCAGAAACAGCUGCGCAGAAACAGCUGCGCAGGAACAGCUGCGCAGGAACAGCUGCGCAGGAACAGCUGCGCAGGAACAGCUGCGCAGGAACAGCUGCGCAGGAACAGCUGCGCAGGAACAGCUGCGCAGGAACAGCUGCGCAGGAACAGCUGCGCAGGAACAGCUGCGCAGGAACAGCUGCGCAGGAACAGGUGCGCAGGAACAGCUGCGCAGGAACAGCUGCGCAGGAACAGCUGCGCAGGAACAGCUGCGCAGGAACAGCUGCGCAGAAACAGCUGCGCAGAAACAGCCGCGCAGAAACAGCCUCGCAGAAACAGCCGCGCAGAAACAGCCGCGCAGCAACAGCCGCGCAGCAACAGCCGCGCAGGAACAGCCGCGCAGGAACAGCCGCGCAGGAACAGCCGCGCAGGAACAGCCGCGCAGGAACAGCCGCGCAGGAACAGCUGCGCAGAAACAGCUGCGCAGGAACAGCUGCGCAGGAACAGCUGCGCAGGAUCAGCUGCGCAGAAACAGCUGCGCAGAAACAGCUGCGCAGGAACAGCUGCGCAGGAACAGCUGCGCAGGAACAGCUGCGCAGAAACAGCUGCGCAGAAACAGCUGCGCAGAAACAGCUGCGCAGAAACAGCUGCGCAGGAACAGCUGCGCAGAAACAGCUGCGCAGAAACAGCUGCGCAGAAACAGCUGCGCAGGAACAGCUGCGCAGAAACAGCUGCGCAGAAACAGCUGCGCAGAAACAGCUGCGCAGAAACAGCUUCGCAGAAACAGCUGCGCAGAAACAGCUGCGCAGAAACAGCUGCGCAGAAACAGCUGCGCAGGAACAGCUGCGCAGAAACAGCUGCGCAGAAACAGCUGCGCAGAAACAGCUGCGCAGGAACAGCUGCGCAGAAACAGCUGCGCAGAAACAGCUGCGCAGGAACGGCUGCGCAGAAACGGCUGCGCAGAAACAGCUGCGCAGAAACAGCUGCGCAGAAACAGCUUCGCAGAAACAGCUGCGCAGGAACAGCUGCGCAGAAACAGCUGCGCAGAAGCAGCUGCGCAGAAACAGCUGCGCAGAAACAGCUGCGCAGAAACAGCUGCGCAGAAACAGCUGCGCAGGAACAGCUGCGCAGAAAGAGCUGCGCAGGAGCUGCUGCGCAGGAACAGCUGUGCAGGAGCAGCUGCGCAGGAACAGCUGCGCAGGAACAGCUGCGCAGGAACAGCUGCGCAGGAACAGCUGCGCAGGAACAGCUGCGCAGGAACAGGUGCGCAGGAACAGGUGCGCAGGAACAGCUGCGCAGGAACAGCUGCGCAGGAACAGGUGCGCACGAACAGCUGCGCAGGAACAGGUGCGCAGGAACAGGUGCGCAGGAACAGGUGCGCAGGAACAGCUGCGCAGGAACAGGUGCGCAGGAACAGCUGCGCAGGAACAGCUGCGCAGGGACAGCUGCGCAGGAACAGGUGCGCAGGAACAGGUGCGCAGGAACAGCUGCGCAGUAACAGCUGCGCAGAAACAGCUGCGCAGAAACAGCCGCGCAGAAACAGCUGCGCAGAAACAGCUGCGCAGAAACAGCUGCGCAGAAACAGCUGCGCAGAAACAGCUGCGCAGAAACAGCUGCGCAGAAACAGCUGCGCAGAGACAGCUGCGCAGAGACAGCUGCGCAGAGACAGCUGCGCAGAGACAGCUGCGCAGAAACAGCUGCGCAGAAACAGCUGCGCAGAAACAGCUGCGCAGAAACAGCUGCGCAGAAACAGCUGCGCAGAAACAGCUGCGCAGAAACAGCUGCGCAGAAACAGCGGCGCAGAAACACUCUAUAGCCUCCGGUUACAGGAGCGUACCUCCAUGUUCAAUGUUUUUUGGGCAGUUGAACAUCUGCGCGGAGACGGCUGCGCAGAAGCGGCUGCGCGGAAGCGGCUGCGCGGAAACGGCUGCGCGGAAACGGCUGCGCGGAAAUGGCUGCGCGGAAACGGCUGCGCGGGAACGGCUGCGCGGGAACGGCUGCGCGGGAACAGGUGCGCGGGAACAGGUGCGCGGGAACAGGUGCGCGGGAACAGCUGCGCAGGAACAGCUGCGCAGGAACAGGUGCGCAGGAACAGGUGCGCAGGAACAGGUGCGCAGGUACAGGUGCGCAGGAACAGGUUCGCAGGAACAGGUGCGCAGGAACAGCUGCGCAGGAACAGCUGCGCAGGAACAGGUGCGCAGGAACAGCUGCGCAGGAACAGCUGCGCAGGAACAGCUGCGCAGGAACAGCUGCGCAGGAACAGCUGCGCAGAAACAGCUGCGCAGAAACAGCUGCGCAGAAACAGCCGCGCAGAAACAGCCUCGCAGAAACAGCCGCGCAGAAUCAGCCGCGCAGAAACAGCCGCGCAGGAACAGCCGCGCAGGAACAGCCGCGCAGGAACAGCUGCACAGGAACAGCUGCGCAGGAACAGCUGCGCAGGAACAGCUGCGCAGGAACAGCUGCGCAGGAACAGCUGCGCAGGAACAGCUGCGCAGGAACAGCUGCGCAGAAACAGCGGCGCAGAAACAGCGGCGCAGAAACACUCUAUAGCCUCCGGUUACAGGAGCGUACCUCCAUGUUCAAUGUUUUUUGGGCAGUUGAACAUGUAA